UGCUUCGCUGUCCUUUCUACAGACACAGGCAAAGGAUCCUGCAGACGGUCGCUGCCCUUGCCCUGCAGAAAAAGAUGAAACUCGCUCUCCUCUUUGUCCUCCUGGCGCUGGCUUCAGCAUUCCCCGCCAAGGAUGGUACGCCAGAGGACCUGGAUGCCCAGACGGUGACGGAGCUGCCCGCCCAAAACAGGUCUCGCUUCGCCAUGCUGGAUGACGUGCGGCUUCUGGCCAACGGGCUGCUGCAGCUGGGGCACAGCCUGCGGGACUUUGUGCACAAGACCAAGGGCCAGAUCAAGGACAUCUUCCAGAAGCUCAGCAUCUUUGACAGGUCCUUCAGCCAGCUGUCCGAGGUCACCAGUGAGAUCCGGGAAAAGGAGGAGGAGCUGAAGAAAACCACCACCUUUCUGAAGGCCAACAACCAGGAGAUCAAGAGCCUGUCUCUGGAGAUCAGCUCUAAGAUGAACAACAUCCUGCAGGAGCGCACCCAGCUGCAGAGCAAGGUGGGCAGCCUGGAGGAGAAGCUCAGUGGCCUGACAGAGAGUCUCCCCAAUGCCCAGCAGCUGGGAGACAUUGCACAGCUUAAGGAAGUGAUUUCUACCCAAGAAAAGAGUAUAACAGCUUUGGUGAAGGAGGUGAAGGGCCAGCACGAGCAGCUCAACUUCCAAAGGAACAAGAUCAAACUUCUGGAAGAGCGGCUCAACUCAGAAACUUUCCAAGAGACAGUGGAUAAAAUAUCUAACUCUACUCCUGAGGCUCCAGGCCUUGAAUAUAUAGCAAAUAACUCAACCAACAGCAGCAUAGACAUAAACGAUCUUCCUGUGGAUUGUAGCCAUGCUUUCAACAGGGGAGAGAGGAACAGUGGCAUAUACCCUAUCAAACCCAAUCAGUCAGAGCCUUUCUAUGUGUACUGCCAGAUGACUGCAGAUGGAGGAUCCACCGUUAUCCAGAGCAGACAGGAUGGCUCUGUGGAUUUUGACCAAAUGUGGGCAAAGUAUGAAAACGGAUUUGGCAACCUUGAGAAAGAGUUCUGGCUUGGCCUGAAGAAGAUAUACGCCAUUGCCAGGCAAGGCAGCUCCAUUCUGCAGAUUGAGCUGGAGGACUGGAAGCAGGGAAGGCAUUCAUUUGAGUACAAUUUCACCCUGGAGGGACCCGACUCCCACUAUGCCCUCCACCUAACUCAGGUGUCAGGAGACCUGCCCGAUGCCAUGGCCAACUACACUGCCAGCUUCUCCACCAAGGACCGCAAUAACAAGGAGGACUCCAGCUGUGCCCACAAUUACACAGGUGGCUGGUGGUUCAAUGCCUGCGAAGGCACAAAUCUGAAUGGGAGGUACUCCCACAUCCGGCCGAGGGGGCGCACCGAGCGGAGAAGGGGAAUUUACUGGAGACCCGGUGGAGGGAACACCUUCUCCCUCAAAUCUUCCAAGAUCUUGAUUCGUUCUCUGUCCAACGAUGGCAGCUUCCUCUAACUGCCUCACUCAUAUUUGCCCAGAUCAAUAACACAGUGACCUCUACAGAAAGGGAAAUAGGCUUAGAAAAAUAACAAUUAUUGCAUACUUUAAAAUUAAGAGCCAAAUAUGAAAUAUCACCAGAAUUGAUAGUCAUGCUGAACUAUACUGGCUAUGCUGCAUGCAUGUUUGUGUUAUGCUUGUACACUAUCAUUUUUUAUAGUACUUGUGCAAAAGGCCCUUUUGAUAUGGCUUAUGGUUUUUCUGGUGCAUUGAUAACCUGAGGUUGUACAUGUUUUUAUAUAGUUACAUGCUGUGGAAAAGGGAAGUUUGAUGAGGACAUUCAAACAACAUUGAAGGUUCUCUCUAUGGUUGUUGGGGUUCUCUAUUUGGGCAUUAACAUACAGUGUUCUCUGUAUGGGCAUUAGCACAUAAAGUUCUCUUUAUUGACAUUAGCAUACAGCCUGGGUUUUCAACAGGUAGUUAGUAGGGGUCUGCGAUCAUUCUCUCUAAACCACCCCCUCUGCAAUCAGUAUGAAACCUCUUGUAUUAAAUACAGUCCUUUUUACAUUAUGAUGGGGGCCAUCGGGAUGCUUUUGAGCAUGAGAUAAGGGUCCCUGAAUUAAACUGAUUGAAAACCCAUGGUAUAUAGAGUUCUCUGUAUGGUCAUUAACAUGUAGAGGUUUCGAUAUGAUCAUUACCACAUUUCCUGCUUUACUGAGUCACAUUGACUCUCUGCACCAGUAUCUGGCUACACAUCUGUACUGUACAUAUUUUGUUCCAAAACUGUUACAUCCAUGUUUACAAAUCCCAAGAAUAAAUCCUAUUGUUUUUGAAACCCC